CGCCUUACUAAGCUCUCCCAUGAGAUUUAUUGUGAUUGUUGUUCUUUUGAUGAUCCCCCAACUUUAUGUGUUGGUGGAAUAUGAGAGGUUUGUUUUAGUAUGCAUUGGUAGUUUCAGUUUCUACUUAAAAAAAAAAAAAAAGAGAGAGAGAGAGAACGUGAGGCAUUGAAGAGUAAAGAUGGGUUCUGGCAUGAAAGGCCCAAGCUUCCGAUCAUUCAAUGAGGUUGAGAAGAAACGUAGAAAUUUUCUGAAGGGAACCGUAUAGAUGGUAGCGGCAGUAACUAUAACCAGUUACCAUCAACGCCUCAAGCUUAAUCACCAUUUCUACGCCUCCCUCGUCGUCUUCUCUAGAGCGAAGAGCAUCACCAUGACCAGCACAAGCCACAGCAAUUCAGGGGCCUUCACCACUGUCCAAGAGAGGGUCACAUUCGAGAAGGAGAUCAAGAAAAGCAAAUUUAUUGCCAUUGCUGGCCCCAUUUCAGAUGAGCAAUGCGCCAUGUCUUUCCUUUCCCAGGUCCGGGAUCCCCGUGCUACUCACAAUUGCUGGGCUUAUAAGGUGGGAGAUCUAUACCGCUCUAAUGAUGAUGGUGAACCUUCAGGUACAGCUGGGAAACCAAUACAUUCUGCUAUCGAAUCCUCUGGCAUUGACAGAGUAAUGGUGGUUGUGAUCAGGUAUUUUGGAGGUAUCAAAUUAGGCACUGGGGGCCUGGUCAGGGCUUAUGGUGGAGUUGCAUCAGAAUGCCUGAGAAAUGCCGUAACAUGCCUUGUGAAAACUAAGGUGCCAAUGGGCGUGGAGGUUCCUUUUGACCUUUUGGGAGUGGUCUACCAUCAGCUGCAGUCUUUUAAUGUUGAGGGCAUCAAGCAGGAUUAUGAUACUGGUAAAGAUGGCACAACCAUGGUUACUUUUAAAGUUGAUUUUGAUCAGGCUCAGAAACUGGAAGAUGCGCUGAAAGCCAAUUGUAGCAGAAAUCUGGUCUUUUAUAAGGGGUGAGAAUGUGUCCUCACUCUUCUCUCUCGUUGUGGAAAUAGCAUCAAUGAAGAUGACAAGAAUUGAAAAGCUACAAGCUCAGCAAAUGAAUGCCUUUCAUUUUGCCCCUUUUUGAGAGAAUUUGCGCUGGCAAUUGAGCUGUUUCACUGAUACACCUCCUGUAAUUAAUGACGUGUGCAAUACAAAUAGAUUAAAGUUGGUAAAUUUUUGGUAGAGGCCAAUCCUUAUGUGGCUUUUCCGAAUGUGGAUGAUUUAUCCAGGAAGGUGACCCAGAUAGCGUCAAUAGUCAAUAGCGAUAGGCUAGGUUCUCAGAGCAAUAUAGAGUUUUCAAUCUUUUUGCCUGAUAUUAUAAGCAGCCUGGUAAUUUUAGAGUAACCUUGCUUUCCAUAUUUGAUAUUUACAGUGUAAACUGUACCGUUUGAAGUUUCAACCACUAAUUUGUAUUUCGGUCCCAGAAAAAGCCGUCUGCCUUGCACGCAUUCGUUGGAAUGUCCGAUGUCCAUGAACUCAAUGUAUUCCUCAUACAACUAGGCAUACAAUGAAUACAUUGCACGGAGUUUAAGAACAA